AAUAAGUUAUAAACAUAACCUUAAUUAAACCUAAUUAAACAUAAUAAUAGGUUAUAAAUAUAAGAAUAAAUUCUAAAACUUUGAAUAUCAACUGAAAAUGAAACAGACACACAACGGAAAUUGUUAUAAGUAAAUUUAAAACCUAAAAAAUAACGUAAGUAACUGUUAAAUUCGUUAUCGAAAAAAAAAAUAAUUAUGAUAAUAUUAUAGUUAUGAAAAAGUAAUUUUAAGUACAUUAUAAGUACAUUAUUCUUUUCCUUGAAUAAAAUUGUUUUUUAUUUGUAAUAUAAAUUUCGAAAAAUAUGCGAGAACGAAUAAAAACCUUAAAUGUAGGGAAUCUGAAAUUAUCAAAGCGCAAGAAACAUAAUCCUUAAUUUUUAUUUAUUGUUGAUUUUUGCGGAAGUAAAGUUUCAUUAAGUAACAGCUUUAACUAUAAAUCAAAUUUUUCGUUGUUUUUUCUUUGCAGUUGGUUUCAGAGUUUUUGGGAUAAUUGGGAUAUUCAUGAAUCAAAACGUUUUGUCAUUGAUUCGAAAAAAAGAAAGAAAUCUAAGAAGCCUGUCAUUUUUAAAUUUCCUUAACUUUUAACUAUUUGUAAAACCAAAAUAUCCUUUCCGCUUUUUCUUCUUAAAUAUUAGUAAUAAUGAAAAAAAACUACCAUAUUACUACAAAAAAUAAAAGAAUACAAGAAAAGUUUUCUAUAAUUCUAUCAAUACAAGCACAUCUGUAAAACAUAUUUACACUGCGAGAAAAAUUUGAAAGUAUUGAGAACCAAAUAUUUGUUAUAACGUUUUCUUCGAUAUUUAUUUGUUAUAAAAAAAUUUAUUUGUGAAAACAAAAUAUAUAUUUCCAUGAAAUGCAUCUCAUUUUUCCUAUUAAUUUAUUUAUUUCUUAGGAAUAAAAUAUUUGGAGUGAAAUAUACGCUGUUUCUCCUAAAAAAAUUCAAGUAUUUUUCUCUAAUAUUAAAUGAUUUAUUCAAAUAGACCGAAUUAAAUGUUUUAUUUCUACCAAAUAAAUUAUUUAUUGUUACGUACACUGAAUGUUAUCUCUUUAAAUACUGUAUAUUUUAUAGAAAUAUAUUUUAGAAGUAUGUUUCACAGAUUAUUUCACAGAAACGUAUAUUUCGUUUUCACAAAUAAAUCUUUUUUAUAACAAAUAACUGUUGAAGGAAAGACGUCACAAGAAAUAUUUGGUUCUCAAUACUUCGACAUUUUUCUCACAGUAUUAAUUUUGCAAACUGUCAUUUUGUGUACCGUUCCUACGUUUCGGCGAGCCUGCCGCUUCAAACCAUGCCGCCGCGCCGGUCGGCACGUUUCCGCGAGAUGGCGCCAGCCGUAAGACAAACCUGCGCGGCGCGGUCGCGGCUCCCGGACGGUCCGCGUAGUACCGAUACGCGCGCGCGUCGCGCUCGUCUCGUCGUCGCGCUGUCGCUCGAUCGCUCGCUCGCACGUCGCCGACGUCGUCGUCGUUCCCGUCGCCGUCCGUUGGCCCUACCGCGCGGCACCUACCUAAAUCACGCGGAGAGAAAAAUCGCGCCGCGAACGGGGGCGAUGGAACGCCGCGCGUCGCAGCCGAGGAGAAGAAACGUCACGGAGCCCGCGCGCACGCGUGCACGCGCGUCGUCGUCGUCGUCGUCGUCGUCGUCGGCCGCCGACAAUUCGCGCGAGAACUCUUGACGACUCGCGCAAAAUGGGAGUCUCUUCGCGGUGCUCGUGAUCGUCCAGCCAAAAAACGACGCGCCGUGAUCCCUCUCCCAUACGCCACCCUUUUCUCUCCCUCCUUCCCUCCCUCCCUCCCGCCCUCGUCGCAGAUCGGCCUCCCCCUGGAGAGAAAGAGAGAAAAAUAGGGAAAGGUACGUUUUUUACAAUCCGUUCGUCGCAAAUCGCGAUUUGUUUUCUCUCUCUCUCUCUCUUUUUCUCUCUCUUUGUAUCGCCGUCGCGUCGUUAUCUGCGCGGCGCGCCGCCGAUUCUCGCGCGCGCGCGUCUCUCUCUCUCUCUCUCUCUCUCUUUCUCUUUCCGUUUCGGCGUCGAAAUCGCGCGCGCGGCACAUUCGAAGCGUUUCCCGCGACGAUGGACGAGUCCGGGGUCGACAUGGGGUUCGAUCUGACGGCCGCGUUCGCCGUGGCGAACGACCCGGUCGCUUAUCACCACGUCGGGGAUUACGACGACGACGAUUUCGAGCAGGCCCUCUCCCUUUUGUCGACCUCGACCAAGGAGCUGAUGUACUACGAGCUGAAGAGCCGCGCGCCCGACACCGGCAGUCCGCCGACGUUCAAGACGGCGACGCCGACGUCGCGCACGCAAUUGAAGCUGCAACUGAUGCGGGAGCAGCUGCAGGAGCAGGAGAGGCGACAGGCGGAAUUCCGGCAGAGCUUGCAGCAGCAGAGGCCAGCUGCCGCACCGCCCAGACCAGUGCCGCCUACGCCGGUGCCCACCAUCGGCGUCGAUGUACCACCGCAAGUAUUACAAGUACGCACGCUGCUGGAGAACCCGACUCGCUAUCACGUCGUGCAGAAGCAGAAGAACCAGGUGCGGCAAUACCUGCACGAGUCGUUUCGCGGUGGCGAGGGCGGCGGCGGCGACGGCAGCGGCGGAGGCGGCAAUGCGGUCGUCAGCGGUAGCGCCGGCAGCGAGGGCGGCGGCAGGACGCCGGUCGACGCCGGGCCGCCGCCCGUCCCGAUGGUGGUGCAAAGCGCACCGCCCGGCCCGCAGCUGCAUCACCAGAAGCCGCAGCAUCCUCAUCUCGCCUCGUAUCCGCACGCCCCCGCGCUGAUGCCGCACCACCCGGGUAACCCCACGGUGGUCUCGGCGAGCCCGGACCCUACCACCACCGGCACCAUGUCCCCGGGUCUGUCCAGCGUCGCCACCAGCAACUCCGAGGCGGAGGAUCUCCUGGAUGACAUCCUGUCGUUCGAGGCUGGCUCCUUGGGCGACGGACUGAAGGAUGGUCAAGCCGGAAGUCUCACAAAUAUACCGGAGUUACAAAUUAAACCGGAACCUCUCUUGCUAACCGAGGCGGAGAUUCAUGCUCUCGCUAAAGACCGGCAGAAAAAGGACAACCACAACAUGAUUGAACGACGGCGGCGUUUCAACAUCAACGACAGGAUCAAGGAGCUCGGUACCCUCCUGCCCAAGACCAAUGACCCAUAUUACGAGAUCGUCAGGGACGUCAGGCCGAACAAGGGUACGAUUCUCAAGUCUUCGGUCGAGUACAUAAAACUAUUGAAGAACGAGCUCACGAGGAUGAAGCAGAACGAGCUCAGGCAUAAGCAACUCGAGCACCAGAAUCGCAGGCUGCUGCUGCGCGUGCAGGAGCUCGAGCUGCAGGCAAAAGCGCACGGGCUUCCGGUUUCCGACUUCAACUGGGCGUCCACUUCCGCCAUGCUCAACACCUUCCAGAGGAGUAAGCUCGAGCACCGAAAGAUGCCGGAUCUGACGGUGGCGGAGGAGGCGACGAGUCUGAGCAUGUCGCAUCUCGAGGACCUCAUGGAGGACGACACCGUCGGCCCCGUGCACGGCGGCGACCCGAUGCUGUCGUCGCCGCACCUGCCGCCAUUGAGCCCACCUGCGACCGGCUGUCACCAUGGCUUAACCGACGAGGACACCCUCGGCAGCCUCGCGGUGACCACGUCGAACUCCUCGUCCGAUAUGGACAUCGUCGCGUAGUCGAGAACCACCGUCGUCGUCCGUCAGCCUCGCGCGUGAUCGGAGUCGACUCCCGAAACUUGGAUCGCGUCGGAUAUAUUCUCCGGUCGCCGCCACGACCGAGGUAGGAUUGAUUUAGAUUUGUGCGACGUGGGAGAAGCGAGAGAGAGAGAGAGAGAGAGAGAGAGAGAGAGAGAGAGAGAGAGAGAGAGAGGAAUGGUAUGUGCGCUGCCGCGCGCUGAUGUGCGAAGUGCGACUUAAAGGCUGCUGGCUGCCGCCGUCGUCGUAGAUCCUCAUCAUGGAAGGACGGCGAACGGGAAUUCGCUCGGCGCCAAUUGGAUUUUAUUGGAGUCACCGCGCUCUGAUGUGGAUUUAUCUAAAACUAGUCAUCAACUUGCGGCCGAGAAAAGGAGGAUCGACGAACAUCGGAAAUGAAGAGGGAUACGCGUGUGGACCGGGUGUGGAGAGGAUCGAUAUUCAUUAUGAGCCAAACGGCGACGCGGUUGAAAGGCACUCGUCACGUCGACGGAACUUGGGAAGGGAUCAGCGAGGGGAUUUCCCUUUUUAGAAUCCCCUGACGACUUGGUCCAAUAUUAAAUAAGGAUAAUUAUUUAGGCGAACUUAGAAGACUGGAAAGAACCACGGUUUUAAUGUUCCCAAUGGGGGAUAUAUCGCGAUUUCGAUCAUACGAUGGAACAUAAAUUCAUCGGACCUUCCAGCAGACCUGCCAGCUAUCACGCCACAGUCCCCCGCCAAUCAUCCGGAAUACGUCUAACGUGUUAUUGUUGCGACAUUACGUUUUUCCCCCCCUUACGUCACCCGAUGUGUCAUUAAUAACCGGUUCGGGUGGCUCUUCAUUAACCAUGGAUAACGAGAGCGCUUUCGAAGACCAUUUCAUGGCGGAGACCACCGUCGCCAAGCGACGAAGGCCGCGGAGAAAAUUGCCGUGACGAGAACUUGUCAAGUUCGCGUUUCGCGUCCCUGGAGAUCGGGCACGAGGAUCGAUCGGACGGAUUCUCGACGAUGGAAAGAGACGAUCGGGCACUUUCGGCCGGUCAGUCAGUCGGGAGGGGAGGAGGGGGUCUUUCUCUCACCAAGUGGCGGUGCGGAGUGAAAGUCACCCAUUGUCGGACGACGACGGAGGAGGAGUUCAGGGUCGUUCCAAUUGCGAGGAACGGAUCGCUGUCACGAUUCUACGAAACGGCUGGCCGUUACACGGAUGGAAUGCGUGACGACUUGACGCGUGCGUUGUAUAUUAUGUCAGUGCCGCGAAGGACGCGGCUCCUGUCGCGCUUUUGAGACGAGAGAUCUAAUCUCUGUUUGCGCGAGAGCAUCGCCUGGACCUUGGGAUCGAUUUUUGACGACGAGGGGAAAUACGAGAGCGUAUACCUCUCGUAGAACGUACCGGGGCUACAUGGUUCACCUAUGAUAUUACUUAAUCGUCGAGAAAUUAUGUUCAUAAGUUGCGAGCGUUGUUCGCGAGAGGAUGGCCCGCGAUAUGGUAUGGCUUUUAAUAAAACGGUUUUUCCGUGAUUUACCGAGUGGAAAUCGGUGAGAUACAUAAAUUGCGCACGUUGCCUUUGGUCUACAAAGUUAUGAAAUACCAGAUCCGCUAGGGAGACAGCUUGAAUUUCGGGAGUGAAGUUCUUUAUUGCGCGCGCGCAAAAAAAAAAGUAUUCCGACUGCGACGGGGUGGAAUAUUGACUGCGAUAUUUCGAUUUAAUCUCCGAUUUGUUAAAAGUAGCAAUAAUAUAUUUCAAGUGCCUUCGUGAAAAGAGUCGAGAGAGAAUAUUUUUGGAAGUGUAUCCUUCGAUUUCAGUAUUAGAGCGCGUAUGUAGCGCGUAUCCCAUGCAAUAUCGAGAUUUAUCUAUAUGUAGCUGUACGCAAUUUAACAUUUGUUAUACAUGAGUAGCUCCUAGAAUCUUCUUAUCCAGCGAAACUGAGAGAAUUCCACCUUUGCGAUUAUGGUUCUGAAAAUUGCAGUUUACAAAAUCAUAUUUUUCUCUUGCCAUUAUUAUCUCGUAAAUGUGACCCGUUUUCCAAUAGCCGAAGAUACCGUGAUAGAUGCAAACAGCAUCGGAAUGAGUUACCGAAAAGUAAUUUCAUGAUAAAAUCUCUUCGCCGCGUCCUAAAUAAAAAUAAACGGGCAUUCGUGCAUUGUGAAAGCGUAUUGAGUCGACAAUCUGGGCGUUUACAAACGUGAAAGUAAGAAAGAGAGAAAGAGAGGAGAGAGAGAGAGAGGGAGAGAGAGAGAGGGCUUACGCGAUCUGCCAUUAAUCGUUCGUCGUCGACGACAAAGGAGAAUAUCGACGUCGAUUCCGGCAGGGACUCGCAACGGAUGAGCGAGUGCUAUGUCCAAGUUCGUUAUAAAGUUUGCUUGAUAAUUAUUGUCUCCGGUAGCGUGUACGCCGAGCACCGUACCCCUCGUACGCCGCUUGCGGCGGGGUUGCGGCUCGAGCGCACGAGGCGGUGGCUUUUGUGCGACGGGCCUUGAUUUCACCGCUUGCCUCGUCUCGCUUUGCGCUCGUCGGCUCGUCGGUGUGUGUGUAUAUGCGUGAUGUGUGUGUGUGUGUGUGUGUGUGUUUGUGCGUUUGUGUGUGUGUACUGUAACCCACAUCGCCCACGUCGCCUCGGGCCAAGACCGAUGAUUGCUCGAUCGCCGGACUACCGUCGAUAAAUCGUUGGCGGCUCGUCGGCGAUUACGAAAGACGGUUAAUUAAGGUAUCACCUAUUUUCCACGGGAGCGAGAGAAAAUUCGAGUAGUCGCAAGGUGGAACACUGAAAUGGAUAAGAGAGAGAGAGAGAGACAUUAACUUCGCUCAUUUAAGUCGAGCUGUUGAACAUUAGACCCGGCGGCCUAGAACCUGGAGAGUAUGAUAAUCGAAUUAAUUUUCACGACAGCUUGAGAAGCGGGAAUUCUUUUUAUCAAUUAUACGAGACCACGUUUCUUUGGUAUAUUUGAGUGUAAAAUUAAAUGAAACCCGUUAUUCCAAUAAAGAUAUAACUUAAAGGGAAGAUUACAAGAAUGUUCUCUCGUAAUCGUGGAGAUAGGACUCUAUCUUCAAUUCUUUGCGAAUGAUUUGUAUAUUGUAGAUAAUUUUCCAAUUAGAAAUAUAUAAAUAUCAAAUAUAAAAUAUUCUUCAGCGGGAGAAUAAUAAUAGUCGACUUGUAGAAUGUUUAAACUAUCACUAUAUCUAACACGUGGAUAAAUUGCAAGCGAUAAUGUUGCUUGUCAUUUGAAGAGGUUGAUAAGAAGGGAAAAAAGACAUUUUUCAUGAAGUUAUUUCGUAAAAUAACUCUAAUUCUCUUUUUCUAUUAAUUUUAUACAUAAGUAUAUGUACGAAUAUCGAUAAAUAAUAUUUAAAUCAUGGAUGUAUCCAGGCUUUUUUUCGUGAAAAAGGGAGUUAUCAAUUCUAUCAAGACAUAAAUAGCAAUUUUUUACGAUAAAAAUUGCCUUUUUAGAUAUUUUGGAGUUUUGAAGGUGACUGAUAUUUAAUGGGAAAAAUAUUUUGUAUAUCAUAACUUUGACUUUUUUCCUGACGAAAAAAAAA